ACUGUGAUUCCUGUCGGCGGCUUGCGAAAGAUGUCGGAGGUGGCUCAGGAGCAAGCACAAAGAAAACGGGAGGCUUUUUGGUGGAUGAUGUACGUCAGGACCGGCACGGAGGGCUGUGGAGCACGGCGCGAAGCUGACGGCACGAGUCUGAGCUGUUGCACAGGCUCACGACAAGGGAGAGAAAAAAGGCUAUGCAGCGGCUCCAAAGGAAAAGAGCAGAAUGGUGUGCAGAGUAAACCGACAAAUUCAAUCUCGUGAUCUGGCGGUCGAUUACGGGAUGGACGCCGGGGAGAUGCUUCUGACGAUUACUGGCUGUCUGUCGCGUUGCACUGCUGCGCUCUCGAUUUUGCUUUGCACGGGCUAUUACACUCUGAGGCGAUGCGGGGCACCCUGCGUCUGCGUCUGCUUCGGGACUUUGUGCCUCUGGGCUGCUCGGUGAAAGAAGGGUUCAAGGUGAGGUGGAAAAAGUGAAGAGGGGAGGGCGAGGCGCGGUAAUAAAAGUCUCCAGCGAGGGUGCAGGCUGGACUGGGGAGGCUACGUCGAGUAACCACCUGACCAACGCAGCACGCACAAAACAGAGUCGAGUCGAUGCAAGACGGAGGACCAACAACACGGCGAAUGCCCUUUACCGUGGGAAUGCUAAUGCUCUACUCUACAGUGUCUGGAUGCACGCAAGGCAGAGGGCAUUCACACUUUUGUUUUUUCCUCGUCUUGGUCAAUGGGUCGAUGAGCCGGG